AUGCCGAGAGAGACGCUAGACGUCCGGGCAGCCCUGAUUCUCCAUAUAUUCCGUCCAGGCCCAUGGCGCACCGCGCAACUCCAUCAUCUCCGAGACAGACGGAUGUAUUGGCCCGUAGCGCACCACGCAACUCCAUCGUCUCCGAGACAGACGGAUGUAUUGGUUUAUCCUCUCCUUUGGACACUGCUAGCAAGGCCGAGAGGGGAACCAGACGUCCGGGCAGCCCUAGUUCUCAAUAUAUCCCGUCCGGGCCGUAGCGCACCGCGCAACUCCAUCACCUCGAGACAGACGGAUGUAUUGGCCCGUAGCGCACGCGCAACUCCAUCGUCUCUCGAGACAGACGGAUGUAUUGGUUUAUCCUCUCCUUUGGACACUGCUAGCAAGGCGAGAGGGGAACGACGUCCGGGCAGCCCUAGUUCUCCAUAUAUCCCGUCCAGGCCCGUAGCGCACCGCGCAACUCCAUCGUCUCUCGAGACAGACGGAUGUAUUGGUUUAUCCUCUCCUUUGGACACUGCUAGCAAGGCCGAGGGGGAAACUGGACGUCCGGGCAGCACCCUAGUUCUCCAUAUAUCCCGUCCAGGCCCGCUCGUAGCGCACUGCGCAACUCCAUCGUCUCGAGACAGACGGAUGUAUUGGUUUAUCCUCUCCUUUGGACACGGGGCCGGGCGCCCUAGUUCUCCAUCCCGCAGGCAACUCCAUCCAUCUUCUCUCGAGACAGACGGAUGUAUUGGUUUAUCCUCUCCUUUGGACACUGCUAGCAAGGCCGAGAGGGGAACUAGACGUCCGGGCAGCCCCAGUUCUCCAUAUAUCCCGUCCAGGCGCGUAGCGCACCGCGCAACUCCAUCUUCGUCUCGAGACAGACGGAUGCUUCUGCAACUCCAUCGUCUCGAGACAGACGGAUGUAUUGGUUUAUCCUCUCCUUUGAACACGUCCGAGGAACUAGACGUCCGGGCAGCCCUAGUUCUCCAUAUAUCCCGUCCACCGCGCAACUCCAUCGUCUCUCGAGACAGACGGAUGUAUUGGCCCGUAGCGCACCGCGCAACUCCAUCGUCUCUCGAGACAGACGGAUGUAUUGGUUUAUCCUCUCCUUUGACACUGCUAGCAAGGCCGAGAGGGGAACCAGACGUCCGGGCAGCCCUAGUUCUCCAUAUAUCCCGUCCAGGCUCGCCCGUAGCGCACCGCGCAACUCCAUCUUCACCCGAGACAGACGGAUGUAUUGGUUUAUCCUCUCCUUUGGACACUCCUAGCAAGGCCGAGAGGGGAACUAGACGUCCGGGCAGCCCUAGCUCCAUAUAUCCCGUCCAGGCUCGUAGCGCACCGCGCAACUCCAUCCGUCUCUCGAGUCUUAAAGGCCGAGAGGGGGAACUAGACGUCCGGGCAGCCCUAGCAACUACCGCCCCAAGGCCGAGAGGGGCACGUAGCCCUAGUUCCUCCAUAUAUCCGUCCAGGCUCGUAGCGCGCAACUCCAUCAUCUCUCGAGACAGACGGAUGUAUUGGUUUAUCCUCUCCUUGGACACUGCUAGCAAGGCCGAGAGGGGAACUAAACGUCCGGGCAGCCCUAGUUCUCCAUAUAUCCUGUCCAGGCUCGUAGCGCACUGCGCAACUCCAUCGUCUCUCGAGACAGACGGAUCAAGGCCGAGAGGGGGAACUAGACGUCCGGGCAGCCCUAGUUCUCCAUAUAUCCCGUCCAGGCCCGUAGCGCACCGCGCAACUCCAUCGUCUCUCGAGACAGACGGAUGUAUUGGUUUAUCCUCUCCUUUGGACACUGCUAGCAAGGCCGAGAGGGGAACUAGACGUCCGGGCAGCCCUAGUUCUCCAUAUAUCCCGUCCAGGCUCGUAGCGCACCGCGCAACUCCAUCGUCUCUCGAGACAGACGGAUGUAUUGGUUUAUCCCUCCUUUGGACACUGCUAGCAAGGCCGAGAGGGGAACUAGACGUCCGGGCAGCCCUAGUUCUCCAUAUAUCCCGUCCAGGCCCCGCACCGCACGCAACUCCAUCGUCUCUGGAGACAGACGGAUGUACUGGUUUAUCCCCUCCUUUGACACUGCUAGCAAGGCAGGGGAAUCCAGACGUCCGGGCAGCCCUAGAACUAUACGUCCGGGCAGCCCCUCGUUCUCGAGACAGACGGAUAUUGCUUGUGCCGAGAGGGGGAACCAGUCGGGCAGCUCUAGUUCUCCAUAACCCGUCCAGGUCAAGGCCGCGUAACCCAGCGCACCCAGACGCAACUCCUUUGACACUGCUAGCAAGGCCGAGAGGGGAACUGAACGUCCGGGCAGCCUCUAGUUCUCCAUAUAUCCCGUCCAGGGCCGUAGCGCACCGCGCAACUCCAUCUUCACCUGAGACAGACGGAUGUCAGGCUCGUGGCGCACCGCGCAACUCCAUCGUCUCUCGAGACAGACGGAUGUUGGUUUAUCUCUCCUUUGACACUGCUGGCAAGGCUGAGAGGGGGAAACCAGACGUCCGGGCAGCCCUAGUUCUCCAUAUAUCCUACGGAUGUAAUGGUUAUCCUCUCCUUUGGACACUGCUAGCAAGGCCGAGAGGGGAAGAACGUCCGGGCAGCCCUAGUUCUCCAUAUAUCCCGUCCCAGGCUCGUAGCGCACUGCGCAACUCCAUCAUCUCUCGAGACAGACGGAUGUAUUGGUUUAUCCUCUCCUUGGACACUGCUAGCUUAAGGCCGAGAGGGGUAACUAGACGUCCGGGCAGCCCCAGUUCUCCAUAUAUCCGUCAGGCCCUCCGUAGCGGGCACCGCGCAACUCCAUCUUCACCCGAGACAGACGGAUGCUUUGACCGCGCAACUCCACGUCUCUCGAGACAGACGGAUGAUUGGUUAUCCUCUCCUUUGGACACUGGCAAGGCCGAAGGGGACGUCUGGGCAGCCCUAGUUCUCCAUAUAUCCUGUCCAGGGCCUCAAGGCCGAGGGGAACCAGACGAGGCAGGAAUAUCCUCCAGGCUCGUAGACGCAACCCAUCGUCUCUCGGAGACAGACGGAUGUAUUGGUUUAUCCUCUCUUUUGGACACUGCUAGCUCCAAGAGUGGGGAACUAUCCGGGCCUGUCCAUAUAUCCUGUCAGGGGCCUGUAGCGGCACUGCGCAACACCAUCGUCACCCGAGACAGACGGAUGCUCGUAGCGCACCGCAACUCCAUCGUCUCUCGAGACAGACAUGGGUUUCGCUCUCCGGGACAGACAGGGGAACUGAACGUCAGGCAGCCCCUCAAUUCCCGUCCAGGCCCCGCACCGCGCAACCCAUCGUCACCUCGAGACAGACGGAUGUAUUGGUUUAUCCUCCUUUGGACACUACUAGCAAGGCCGAGAGGGGAACUAGACGUCCGCAGCCCUAGUUCUCCAUAUAUCCUGUCCAGGCCUGUAGGCACCGCGCAACUCCAUCGUCUCCUCGAGACAGACGGAUGUAUUGGUUUAUCCUCUCCUUUGACACUGCAGCAAAGCCGAGAGGGGGAACUAGACGUCCGGGCAGCCUAG